ACCUUUUCCCAGGCGUUUCUAAGAAGCCGUCACUCUCAGUGCAGCCGGGUCCUGUCGUGGCCCUCGGGGAGAAGCUGACCCUCCAGUGUGGCUCUGAUGCCGGCUACAACAGAUUCGUUCUGUACAAGGAGGGAGAACGUGACUUCCUCCAGCGCGCUGGCCGGCAGCCCCAGGCUGGGCUCUCCCAGGCCAACUUCCCCCUGGGCCUUGUGAGCCGCUCCCAUGGGGGCCAGUACAGAUGCUACGGUGCACACAACCUCUCCUCCGAGUGGUCGUCCCCCAGUGACCCCCUGGACAUCCUGAUCUCAGGACAGUUCUACGUCACGGUCUCCCUCUCGGUGCUGCCGGGCCCCAUGGUGGCCUCAGGAGAGAACGUGACCCUGCUGUGUCAGUCAUGGUGGGAGUUACACACUUUCCUUCUGACCAAGGAGGGGGCAGCCCAUCCCCCGCCCCGUCUGAGAUCAAAGCACCGAGCGCCUAAGUACCAGGCUGAAUUCCCCAUGGGUCCUGUGACGUCAGCCCACAAGGGGACCUACAGGUGCUACGGCUCACACAGCUCCAACCCCUACCUGCUGUCUCUCCCCAGUGACCCCCUGGAGCUCGUGGUCUCAGGACCCUCCGGGAGUCCCAGUCUCCCACCCACCGGCUCCACCCCCACACCUGGCCCUGAGGACCAGCCCCUCACCCCCACGGGGUCGGACCCCCAGAGUGGUCUGGGAAGGCACCUGGGAGUUGUGACUGGGGUCUCAGUGGCCUUCGUCCUGCUGCUCUUCCUCCUCCUCCUCCUCCUCCUCAUCCUCCGAUAUGGACGUCAGGGCAAACGCUGGACAUCGGCCCAGAGAAAGGCUGAUUUCCAAUAUCCUGCAGGGGCUGUGGAGCCAGAGCCCAGAGACAGAGGCCUUCAGAGGAGGUCCAGCCCAGCUGCCGACACCCAGGAAGAAAACCUCUAUGCUGCCGUGAAGGACACACAGCCUGAGGACAGGGUGGAGCUGGACAGUCAGGUGAGACCCCGCCCCUGUCCCGGGCACCAAAGGCCUCCUGGUGCCAGAUCUAAUCCAGCAGGACUUCUCUGUCCUCCUUCCCCCGGUUCUCAGCAUCGUCAGGGGUGGACCCCUCCUUGUCCAGCACGUUGCCUCCCGCCUGCUGUGACCUCACUCUCUCCUGCUGUCCUGGGACCUCGCAGGCCUCCUCCCGGGUCCCCUUCCUGCUCCUCCUCCUCUGUUUGGCCGUCUGGUGGUGAGAGCGCUCCCCAGGCCUCAGGAGGAUGAGGAAUAGAUGA